AUGGAAAAUGUUGAAGAGAUUGAGAAUCUUUUAUCAAUUCAUUGGCCACAUGUUUUCUCAUUAAUUGAUCCAUCGACAUCAAUAACAUUAACAAAACUCUCUAGACAUAAUUGGUUAAUAAAAUGUUCAGAUCGUUUAUCAUAUGUAUUAAAAUCAUCAGAAACAAAUAAUUUAGAACUUGAAUUAAAAUAUUUAAUUGAUUUAAAUAAAUAUUUAUCAAAUGAAUAUCGUGUACCAAUUCCCAUUUUAACAAUCAAUGGUGAAAAACAUGUUAAUGAAAAAUAUUGGUUAUAUGAAUAUAUAGAUGGAAAAGUUUAUUCUGAUAAUGAUGUAACACAUUUAUUUGAUGAAAAAGAAUUAAUAUCAUUAGCGAAAUUAAUAUCAAAAUAUCAUCAAUUUCUUAUAACACAUUCACAAACUUUAUCAACAAAUAAAAAAACAACAACACGUGAACAUCUUAUUAAUGAAUUAAAACAAUCAACUGAAUUAAUAACAAAUCGAGAUGGUAUUGAUUUAGUCAAUCAAUAUUAUUUAGGAUGUUAUCCAUUAUUAAAACGUUUAUUAGAAGAAUCUUUAUCACGUCAAGAGAAAUCUUCAAUUAUUCGAAGUUAUUUAAUUCAUCGAAAUCUUCGUCCAAGUAAAAUAAUUUGGUCUAAAACAACAAAUGAAGUUAUUGGAAUAUUAGAUUUUGAAAAUAUUAAUUAUGAUACAUUAUGGAGAGAUCUUGCUGUUUGUUUAUCAACAUUUUGUACAUCAUCAUCACCAUCAAUCAUAACUGAUGUUGAUAGAAUGAGAAUAUUUAUACAAGAAUAUAUGAAACAAAUGUCGGGUGGAAUUGCUAAAGUUUCAUCACAAACUGAACAAGAAGUAUUUCAUUUAAUUGUUGAUGAAAUUAUUUUAUGUGCUUGUGAAGAUUUUACAUUUAUUUAUUGGCAAUAUAUUCAUCAAAAUGAAAAAUUUCAAGGAAUAAAAGCAUUAGAAUUUUAUUAUAAAAGAGCUCUAUGGCAUGCUGAACAUGCUAUUAAAAAAUAA